GGGGCACUCAUCAUCUCACUCAAGUCGCUCAUUCCUCGAAAGUUCCAACACCUCGCUCAUUCCCGACUGGCGCCGUCUCUCAGCCUUGUCUCUCAUCCUCCUCUUCCACCCUCUCCUCCAUUCCCUCGCUCUUAUUUGGUAGCUCAAGCCACCUGGGCUUGGCUCGGCGUUUUUGGCGUUUCUGGUGCUGACAGCGAUCCACUUGGUAAGAAGCCAAGAUUGGCCGAGAAUACGGUAUUGAUACCCAACCUCUACAUGGAGCUUAGCCAUCUUAUCAUUGAUGCUAUAUGGCGCCCGAGCUUUGUUCUGAAGUACCAGGAACUACAAGACCAUCUCCAGCCCUCUACCGGUCGAGUUGGCCCAGCUUCGUGGGAUAGUUCUUUUCUCAACCCUCGAAAUCGGGUUGAGACCCUCGACACGACGUCUUCCCGGUGGCGAGUAGACGGAGCGACCAUAUGUGGCACUUGCUUAUAUACCAUCCCGCUCGAUCUUCUUCCAAACUUGCCGCCCCUGGGGAUCUCGCUCUAUAUCUCUGACCAAACCGAAUAUACCGCUGCACUGCGGCAGAGCCUCGACGCAUGCACUGGUGUACCACUUCGAGAUGGAAAUGCUAUUUCGCGGCUUGGGUUAGCAAGGCAUCUCUGCCGCGCACUCGACCACCAUUGUGCCCAAAACGUCCAGUUUCUGGAGCAAUACCUCAAUCUACCGUUUGGCUCGAAACUUAUUUUCGAGGAUAUCACUCCAGAUGUUGCGGAUAUGAGGCUAGAUGUUGAGCGGGACUACCACGUUGAAACCAAUAUGAGGACAUUCCAGUCCCUUCAGCGAAUGUGGCCUGAUAUUGCACCAGAGCUUUGGCCGCCGAUUCUUGACCUAAACAGCCUACGCCUUGUUAGACAGCUUAACGAAGCUGUAAUGUUAGUAGAAACUGCUGGCCAAGAGCUUGCCAUUUUCAAGUCGGCUACCAGCUCGCUGCAUCAUACAUACCACGAGCUUCGCUUUCUGCUUACCUGCCCACCGCAUCCCCACGUCAUGCCUCGGCCUCUAGCUGUUGUUACCAAAAGAAGUUUAUUUGGUGGGAAGCAUGGUAUCGUUGGAUUUCUACUUAAAUACUUUCCGAGUGGUUCGCUCCGGGAUAUUCUCCCCGCUCGACAACGCGCUGGCACUCUGUCUAGCUCUAUCAAGCUGCGAUGGUGUCGCCAAGUGGCUUCGGCACUUGCUCAUGUUCACAAAACGGGGGCGUUUUAUUCAGACCUGCGACCCGACAAUGUGUUGCUGGACUGCGAAGAGAAUGCGGUACUCUGCGAUUUUGAGCAGCGAGGUAACUGGUAUGAAUGGUGUGCUCCUGAGGUUCUAUACCGACAAUACGCCGAAAAUAUCCGAGCACGCCUUCCUGAUCGUGUUAUCAACUCUCCCUAUGACCGCCUUCUCCGUGGAUACGCACAGGUACACUCACUGUCUACCUCAGCAUGCUAUACCUCUGCGGAGAACCCACUCGAGACGCGAAAUCGCGCUUGGUACGCUUUACCACCGACUGCACGAGAAAAGGCUGCUGUGUAUACUCUUGGGCUCUUCAUUUACUCUGUUUUUGAGGGUUUGAGUAACGUCUGCCGUAACGUGGCAAACCAAUUUCCCAUCGAACCGGAAGUAGAGUUCCCAACUUUCCAGAAAACACCACAAGCAAUUAUGGGGCUUAUCCAGGAUUGCACAGCUGACACGCCAGACUGGCAAUCAGCGCGUUUGCAAUCCGAACAGUCGCGAAUUGUACGGAUGAACGGCCUGGUAUAUCCAGAGGCUCAGAUUGACCUUGAGCGUGACACACACGCAACAUUUGAAACCGUCAUGGACGCCUUGCUCAGAUUCUGGAGCGUAGAGCUGGCGCGAGCCGAAAAGUUUCUUGAUAGCCCGGAAUGGGAAACAGGUGAUUUUGGUGCAAAUAGACCUUCGCUACGAGAGGUCGUAAAUGCCCUUGAACAGCUCGGAAAACCUAAACGAAUGGACCAAGAAUAACUAGGAGCAUCAUCCCACCGAGAGAUUGGAAUUUGAGAUAUCAGAAUAUUGAAAAUUUUUUGGAGUUCUAUUAGCGGUAUAUCACUUGAUGCCUGUGCUUCUUGCUAACAGACGAUGCCGAAAUUAUCUCAUCUUUUCUCGCCAUUUUCUGAUCUGUAAUCGUUCAACGCCUCGACCACAAGCUGAGCCAACGACAGCAACCUUUCCUCGUCCAGUCUGCGCCCUAUUAGCUGUACAGCUGCAGGGGCACCAUGGUACUUCUCUGGAUCAU